AUGCCCUCGGUAGCAAACCCCAACAAACCCUCUUCGAACCGCCUAGCCGCCCGCUCCUCCAAGGCCAAGAAGAUCCAGCGCCAGCGCGUCGAGGCCGCUCAGCACAAGAUCUCCAAGCAGGACGUCGCGCGCGGCGCUCGUCCGGGACUUCUCCCCUCCAGCGGACCGAACCGCAAGCUGAGCGCCAAGAAGGCCCGCAAGAUGGAGAAGAAGAUGGGAUACGCGCUCAAGAGGCGUAUGGAAGCCGAAGGCAUCGUCAGCAUGCAAGAGGAUGCGCCCGAGCCCGAGACCGAGGAGAAGAAGAAGAAGACGACGACGACGACGGAGGAGGAGGAGGAGAACGAUGUGGAUAUUCAGUGA